AUGUCACUCAAGUCUAUAGAUUCCGUUUUCAUAACAGGAGCUAACCGUGGAAUAGGACUGGAGUUUACCAAACAAUUAGCGACAUCGCAAAACCCACCUAAAUUUGUUUUCGCUUCACAUCGAAGACAAAAUAUCCAGCAACUUCAGGAGCUUUCGCUUCACUAUUCAAACGUUAUUCUAAUUGCUUUAGAUGUUACUGAUGAUGCACAAAUAAACAAGGCUGUAGAUGAAAUAAAACUAAGAGUUAAGGAUAAUGGCUUAAAUUUGCUAAUUAACAACGCUGGAAUUUGUUAUCGGGCAACAUUAAACACGAUAACUGAAGAAAUAUUACUGCAACACUAUCGGGUAAACACUCUUGGUCCGUUGAUGAUUGCAAAGAGUUGUAGACCUCUACUUCAACAAGCCUCCGCGAUUCACGGAAUAUCAGCUAUUGUUAACAUUUCCAGCAGUUUGGGCACAUUUAGUAUGGAUGUAACAGGGGGAAUUUACGCAUAUCGCUGCAGCAAGGCUGCACUAAACAUGAUAACUAAAUGCCUAAGUGAAGAUUUGGCUGCAGAUAAAAUAGCAGUUGUUGCGUUAAGACCAGGUUGGGUACAGACGGAUCUGGGUGGUUAUGGUGCUGAUUUGACGGUAACAGAAUCAGUACGAGAAUUAUUAAAGCAAAUUAAGCAGUUACACUUAUGCCAAACUGGCCAACUCAUUUGUUACACUGGAGCAGUAUUAGACUGGUAG